UGUCUGGCAAUGAAACAUGAAACUUCUCAUUGGGUAUUUUGGAAACUACCACGGGGAAUCAGCUGCCAGCUUACUGCUUUGUGGAAAACUGCACGAGAUUCCGGGAUUGGAAUCAAAAUGCUAAUAUAAAAGGUCAAGUGAAGCUGCGCCUCACGUUUUGAGCGUGCCUACUCUUUCUGAAGGCGGAGGAGACAAAGAGCCAGCCGGAGAAGGCAGUUGCUGAGACCUGUUCCGAUUGUUUUCCCGAAAUAAUUUUGGAAUCAUGCCUGAAAUGCCGGAGGACAUGGAACAGGAGGAAGUAAACAUCCCGAGUAGGCGGGUUCUAAUUACUGGUGCCACUGGACUCCUUGGCAGAGCUGUAUACAAAGAAUUUCACCAGAAUAAUUGGCAUGCUGUUGGUUGUGGUUUUAGAAGAGCAAGACCAAAAUUUGAACAGGUUAAUCUGUUAGAUACUAAUGCAGUUCAUCACAUCAUUCAUGAAUUUCAGCCUCAUGUCAUAGUACAUUGUGCAGCAGAGAGAAGACCAGAUGUUGUAGAGAAUCAGCCAGAUGCUGCUUCUCAACUUAAUGUGGAUGCGUCUGGGAAUUUAGCUAAGGAAGCAGCUGCAAUUGGAGCAUUUCUCAUUUAUAUUAGCUCAGAUUAUGUAUUUGAUGGAACAGAUCCACCUUACAGUGAGGAAGACAUACCAAGUCCCCUAAAUUUGUAUGGUAAAACAAAAUUAGAAGGAGAAAAGGCAGUCCUGGAGAAUAACUUGGGAGCUGCUGUUUUGAGAAUUCCUGUUCUGUAUGGAGAAGUUGAAAAGCUUGAAGAAAGUGCUGUGACGGUCAUGUUUGAUAAAGUGCAGUUCAGCAACAAGUCAGCAAACAUGGACCAUUGGCAGCAGAGGUUUCCCACACAUGUCAAAGAUGUGGCUACUGUGUGUCGACAACUGGCAGAAAAGAGAAUGCUGGACCCAUCAAUUAAGGGAACCUUUCACUGGUCUGGUAAUGAACAGAUGACCAAGUAUGAAAUGGCAUGUGCAAUUGCAGAUGCCUUCAACCUCCCCAGCAGUCACUUAAGACCUAUCACUGACAGCCCAGUCAUAGGAGCACAACGUCCACAUAAUGCUCAGCUUGACUGUUCCAAAUUGGAGACCUUGGGCAUUGGCCAGCGAACACCAUUUCGAAUUGGAAUCAAGGAAUCACUCUGGCCUUUCCUCAUUGACAAGAGAUGGAGACAGACAGUCUUUCACUAGUUUGUGUUUUGUUUUUUUUUGUUUUUUUGUUUUUUAAUGAAAAGUAUAUAGUAUGUGGCACUUUUUAAAGAAAAAAGGAAAUAGUUUUGUAUGGGUACUCUUUAAUUGUGACUCUUAAAUAAAUCUUUCAGGUAAAUGAUGCUCUUGCACUAGUGAAAUUGUCUAAAGAAACUAUAGGGCAAUGAUGCUUUAUUUAGUGAUGAUUUUUGUUUAUCAUAUUUGUUCUGGCUUAAUUUACAAUUUGAAAUAAAAUUAUGAUUCUUAAAUAUUUCGAGCCAGGAUGAAUCAAUCUGCUGUAGACUUAUUUUGUAUGAAAUGCAUUGUUCAUUUCUACGAGUUCUGUAUUUUCAGGUUUUUUUUUUUUUUUAAGCUGUUGACUUGUAUGUUGAUUGUUUAAAGUGUGAAGUCAUACAAAAAUCAUUGGUGUUCAUUAUGUGCUUUGCUUGAGCUCAGAUCAAAAUAUUUGAAGAAAGAAACUUUAUUUUUGCAACUUAAGUACAGUUUUUAUGCUUGAGAUACUUCAAUAUGUUAUGUAUAUGGGAACUUCUGCAGCUUGAUGCCUUCUGCUUUCCUAGCAGUGUAUGGUGAGCAUUUGAGAGAGUGUGUAUGUGUAUUUUUAAAUAUAAAUAUAGAACUGUUCUUUUCAUCCCAUGUUGCUAAGUAAUAUUUCAUAUGUGUGGUUAUAAUAAUAAUAAUAGCUCUUGUAAUUCUUUUGACCACUCAUGAAUAAUAAAUAUGUACUGCUGGCAUGUAAUGCUUAGUUUUCUUGUAUUCUUUUUAAAUGUAAUGCCUAAACAAUUGUUCUUUUUUUUUUUUAAGAAAAUUAUAUUGUUAUGUAAUAUCUGAUGCAUAUAAAAAGUAGUUUAUGUAUGUUGAGAGAAAGCACACCAAUAAAUUGAACACUGAAGAACUCACCACUGA